UAUGCUUGAAAAUUAUUUUGUGCGUGGUCAGUUUGCCAACAGCCAACAUCUCUAAAAGUAUGUUUCAGUACACAUAACUUUGCAAAUCAUGAGCGAAAAUGAAACCAAUACCCUUUUAGAAUCCAAUGUCGAUGAUGUGAACAGCUCUACUGUCGAACCCAUGGAUGAAGGGAUGCAAGAUUUUAAUGGAUAUAUAAAUGACUUUGUUGAGGAGUCCGAACGAUUUGACUACAAUAAUGAACCAUUUUUAGGAGAUACUGCAGCUUUAAAUACUGCUGGUCUUUGGUCUGACGAAGAGUCAGAGUAUGAUGAGAGCGAAGAAGAAGUUUCAUCCACAAUCGACAAACCAUCCGCACAAAAAGGUUCUGAGGUUGAUGAUAAUGAAUGGGAAGAAGAUUUAAAAGCAGCUGUUGGCUUUAGACGUGCUAAGAAAAGCUCGCGAGGUCGUGGUCGUGUAAGUCGUGCUGACAUGCUUCCCUCUGUGGAAGUUCAACAAUUAUUGAGUUUGGCUAAUCGGUUAUUUGCUCAAGAGGGAAAUUUUACAGAAGCACAAAAGAUUGCGGAAGAGAUUGUGCGCAUUGACAACAACGUGAUUGCCGCUUGGAAAAUGUUGGGCGAAUGUCAUCGACAGAGAGGUAACGAGAAGGUUAAUAUUGAGAAAUGCUUAAUUGCUUGGAUGGCAGCAGCUCACCUUAGGCCAAAGGACCAUGAGAUGUGGGCCACCUGCGCCCAUCUUAGCGAAAGCUUAGAAUUUUGGGAUCAAGCAGAUUAUUGUUAUUCACGCGCCAUUUUAGCAAAACCAGCUAAAAAAAGCUUAACUGAAGAAUACAUAUUUAAUAGAUCUAUCUUAAAUAAAGAUCAUGGGUCACUGAGAAAAGCUACCGAAGGGUUUCGGCAAUUGCUCCCUUCUUCUCCUUUUGAUGUAACUUUGUUAAAGCAUUUGGCUGAGGUGUAUAUAAGAAUUCGUACUCCUGGUGAAGCCCUCAAUGCUUUUGAGACUUCCUGGGCUCAUUACUAUCAGUACCCAGUACCACCAGUAGGCAAAGGUGUUUUUGAUUUACCUGCUUUGAAUCUUUAUGCUGAACUAUUGCUUUUAGAUCAUCAAUGGUCUAACGCAAUUCAACUUAUUAACCGAGGUACACGAUGGUUUCGUGGACGAAAGUCAGAAAUCCACUGGGACGACUAUGAUGAUGACCGUGAGUGGGAUAUAGAUGAAAAACGUAGGAAAUUUGAUGCUUCUUCCUUACAAGAAAAUUCUGAAGAAACGUAUCAUUUACCUUAUCUACUAAGAACUAAACUGGGAAUUGCGAGGAUUAAAAUUGGUGACCUUGAAGAAGCUGCCCACCAUUUUGCUAUAAUAAAAACACUUCCUCUUGAGUAUACUUCGGUUGUUUUGGGUAAUAUUGCAAAGACCUAUAUGGAGGUUGAGCGCCUAGAUUUGGCAUUGGAGUAUUAUAUACUCUUGAGCGGUUAUGGCCCUGCUCAGAACAUUCAGCUUUGGUUUGAUAUGGGUCUUUGCUAUCUGGAAUUAAAGGAAUUUGAACAUGCACAACAAUGUAUGGAAGCUAUUUUACUUGUGGACAAUGAUAAUAUUAAUGCACUUGUGAAAUUGGCCGAGAUUAAUGAGUUACAGGAUAAUCGCGAUGCGGCACUGGCAAUUGUUACUAGUAUAAUAGAACUUCAAAAGGCGACGCCUGAAAAUGAAAAAGCAACUAUGGAAUUAACAGGUCGUGAAAGCGAUCUUGGUUCCCAAUUACUUAUCAAUAAACAGAGAUUACCACAAGACGGAUGGGAAAAGCGGGCCCAAAUUAGCCGUUCCAGAGAAGAAGCACGUCAAUAUAAGAUUUGGAAAACCGAACAUACCAAAAGAAGGUUUGAAAAACUUGGUGCUUUGUCUGACAAUUUACAAACCGACUUGACAAGCCUCGAGACGGCUCUCUGGAUGAACAUUGCAUCCGAAUUAAUUGACGAAUUUGUAAAUACAAAAGCCCUCUAUCCUAAUGAGCGGAAAGCGAGAUCAAAAACCAAUUUGCUAACAAGACAUGUACGUAUACAUUCGCUAAAAGAUCAGCUCAUGAAUAUGAUUAAUCGUCUUAAUGAUUCAAUCACUCAUUCGAAAUGGGGUGAUGUUGGUCUGGAAACGGUUUUACAUACGAAAAUGUUUCGUGAUGUUCCUGUCGAUACUUGGUUUCAACUCUUUGUACAUUAUGCACUUCAAGAAGCGAAAUCUGGGUCAGUUAAACAGGCUUAUGAGGUUUUGAAAGCAGGUAUGGCUACUCCUGUGUUUGAACAAGAUCCGUUGAAGCGCCAGAAUUUGCGAUGGUGCAUGCUGGCAUGUGCUAUCCAUGCUAAAGAUUCUCAGACAGCUCUUGGUCCUCUCCGAUGGACGUUUACGAACUUCCAAUUUCGUCAAGACACGUACAGACUUUUUUCAGGUGUAUUAAGUUCGGGUUAUGAAUGCUCUCGAACGUUCGUAGACAGCGCUAAUCAAAAAUUUUUGCUUCGUCAAGUUAAACUAAUGGAUCAACUAAUGAGCAAGUCAUCUAUUCCUGGUGCUGCUACCUUAUCGAAGAAUGAAGACGGACUGGCAACAGUACCUACGUCUUACGAUCCAAUAUUGUUCUUACUUUAUGGACAUAUUAUGGCUCGUAGUAGAAGUUGGAUUCCAGCAAUUAAUUAUUAUAGCCGAGCUUAUGUGAUGAAUCCAAAUUGUCCAAUGACAAAUCUAUCUCUUGGUUUGGCAUAUAUUCAUCGUGCUAUGCAAAGACUUUCCGACAAUAGACAUUAUCAGAUUCUUCAGGGAUUCACCUUUUUAUAUCACUAUUAUGAUCUACGGUCCAAAGUUGGCAUAGGAGAGAAGCAGGAGGCUCUCUAUAAUUUGGCAAAAGCCUACCAUUUUCUUGGAUUGGAACAUCAUGCUGUACAGUAUUACGAAAAGGUUUUGGAAUUGUCGCCAUUGGGAACCAUAGAUAAAUUGGCAACACAACCGGAAGAACGAAACAGGGUUAGUUCCACCUAUGACUUUGCCUACGAAGCUGCUUAUAAUCUUCGACUUAUAUAUAUAUCCAGUGGAAACUUGAAUUUGGCGUUUGAAGUAACUAAACAGCAUUUAGCUUUGUAACAUCCAUUUUUAAUUCAUCUUAUCUUAGUUGGGGUUUGUUCUUGUAAUAUAAUUUAAUAGAUUAUCUCUUUUUUUAUUUUA